GACAGGGAUGACCACCAAGAGAAUAACAUCAUUCUGAUCGACACCAUGACUGUGAUUGCCACUGCCUCCCCAACGAGUACGAUUUCGGCGAUUGCCGCCGCCAAUCCGACUCUCAGACGACCCAUCAACGUUGAGGCGCAUCCCAAAAGCCCUUUCCGCCGGCCGCCUGUAGAUCUGUACCCGGUGGAAGGAGCAGAGGAGUCUUCGGUUCACUCAUUGCCCGAGAUCAUCGAGUUCAAUGCCCAGGCUAAUCCGGAUCACCUGUUCUGCAUCCAAGCGACCAAAGAAGCAGAUGGCAGUUCUGGCGCCUGUCGUGUCUCAAACCAACAGCUGCGAGAUGCGGUCGCGAAUUGUGCGAAAUGGCUGCAGGACAGGGUGACUGCUCUCCAAGUCCCCGCUCCGGCAACGGAGGACGGACAAGUGCAGAAAGGCCCGCCGGUGGCGCUGCUGAUGGAUAGUGGUCUUGGCUUGUUCCUUCACCAGAUGGCUCUUAUCGGGCUUGGCGUCCCUGUUCUCCUGCUCUCCGCCCGUCUCAGUGCCACGGCAAUUCAUCAUCUGCUGAACAAGACCAAUGCGGUCGCUAUCCUGGCAGCUCCUCGGCACCAGGGGACCGCUGCGCAAGCCGUGGACCUGUUGUUGUCCAAGGACGAGCGAUCCAUCUCAUUGUACGAGCCCGUGCCCUACACCACGUUCCUGGAGCCCGCCGCCCCGGUGGCCUCCAUCUGCCAUCCCCUGCACUACUUUAGCGAAAAGGACCGCGAUGUACUGAUUCUCCACUCCUCGGGAACCACCGGCCUCCCCAAGCCCAUCUAUGUCUCUCAUCGUCACCUGCUCUGCUUCACCACGUGUCACGAUUUCCAGACCGAGGAGGAGGCCCAGGGCAUCAACGUGUCGACACUACCCCUGUACCAUGGAUAUGGCCUCAUGGCCCCCGCCCUUGCCAUGGGGGUCGGCAAGACGGUGUGCUUCCCGGCCCCCGGCACCGUCCCUAGCGCCCACAGCGUCAUCCGCCUGAUCAAGACCACCCAGGCGGCCUCGCUGAUGUCGGUGCCAUCCAUCCUCGAAGACAUGUCGCUGGCCCCACAAGACGACGGGGUCCACACCCUGGCAACCCUAGACUUUGUCACCUUCGGGGGAGGCCUCUUGCCGCCCAUCGUGGGUGACCGACUGGCCGCAGCCGGCGUGAAGAUCGUGAAUCAUUAUGGGACCACCGAAAGCGGGCCGUUGGCGCCCUUCUUUGUGCCUCCCCGCAGUUACAAUUGGCAUUAUUUCCGGCUGCGGCGCGAUAUGCGCCUGUCCAUCAAGGAGAUCGCCCCGGCCGACGGGGAGCGACGCUUCCGACUCACAACAUAUCCAUUUGGGUGGGACCAGCCCUUCGAAAUCCAGGAUCAGCUGGUGUGCAAUCCCGAGCACCCGACCACGGAUUUUAACGCCGUGGGACGGACCGAUGACCUCCUCGUACUGGCGACCGGUGAGAAGGUUCUGCCGCAGAUCCUGGAGUCUCAGCUGGUCGAAAGUGGCUUGGUGAAAUCGGCGAUUGCCUUUGGAGACCAACAGUUUGAGAUUGGAGUCAUCAUCGAGCCAAAGACGCCUGUCGCUACCUCUGAUGGUGCACAGGCGUUGAAAGAGGCGGUCUGGCCGGUCAUUCUCCGGGCUGGGGAGAAGAUGGAUGACCAUGCCAAAAUCUCGUCGGUGGAGGCGGUGAUUGUGGUGCCUGCGGGGACAGUCAUUCCCCGGACGGAUAAAGGCUCCAUUGCACGCAGGGAGGUCUACAAACUGUUUGAGGCGGAAAUCAGUCAGGUCUACCACAACCUCGAGAGCCGUGGAACCGAUGGUCCAGUGACGCCUCUUGACCCCGGCAAUCUGGAAGAAGGCAUACUGGAAAUCGUCCAGACGCGCCUCCACUGGAGUCUCCCGGUCACAGAGUGGUCGGUGGAUGAUGAUUUCUUUGAGCGAGGCAUGGAUUCUUUGCAGGCCAUCCGGCUCCGGCGAUUCGUCCUGGCUGCCGUCUCGACAGCCAACCACGACAGCUCUCUCGUGAGUUGCAUCGGUCGCGAUUUCGUGUAUGCAAAUCCAUCCGUGCGCCAAAUGGCGAACGCGCUCCGCCAGGCACACGCACCCAUCACGUCCGCGCACGAGGCGGCCAAGGAGUUGCUUCCACAACUGGUGCAGACGCAUGCUCUCCACGAACCCGUACCGCUCAGCGGGUUCGACUCGGGUGCGAUCGUCGUUCUGACUGGCUCCACGGGAAGCUUGGGAUCCCACUGCCUGGCGGAGUUGGUGCGCUCCCCACAUGUGGCUCGAGUGAUUUGUCUGAACCGAUCCCGAACCGACGUGUCGGCCGCGGGGUCGGUCGAUGGCAAUGGAAAAGCUCGCCUGGCUCGUGCCUUGGAAGACAAGCACAUUAGUUUGGACAAGGAAGGUUGGUCAAAGGUGCAGAUCUAUGAGACUAACCUUUCUGCAGAGCUCCUCGGCUUAUCGCCGUCGGAGUAUGCCCUGCUUCGAUCUGGGGUCACCCAUAUCAUCCAUACUGCAUGGGGGAUGGACUUUAAGUGGCAGCUCUCGUCAUUCCGGCCCCAUUUGCAGACGCUUCACAAUCUCCUCCGUCUAGCCCAGGACGGGCACCGGGCGCGGCCCACCAUCAAGCCCCGUCUACUCUUCGUGUCUUCCAUCGCCACGGUCGGACAGUACGCCUCGGUGAGCGGCGAACGGAUCAUCCCCGAAAGUCCGAUGGCGACGCUGGACUGUGCCAACUCCAUUGGGUACGCCGAAGCCAAGCUCGCCUGCGAGUGGAUCCUGGAGCAGGCCACGCGGGAGCACGCCGAGGAGGUGGAAGCCUGCUAUGUCCGUCUGGGACAGAUUGCAGGAGCGCGCACCACGGGAUUUUGGAAUCCGCGGGAGCAUUUCCCUGCGCUGACCUUAUCCUGGAUCCCCGUCGAUGACGCGGCUAGCGUUAUUAUCAACCUGUCGUUCAGUGAGGAGCAGCCGGCAGUAGCCUACCAUCUUGAGAACCCCGUUCGACAGUCGUGGACCGACGUCUUGAGGACGAUCGGGUCUCAGUUAAAUAUUGACCAAUUCCUUCCGUUCGACGGCUGGUUGGAUCGGGUUACCCACUCGUUGCCGAAGGAUAAGGCCGAUCAGAACCCUGUCCAUCAACUGGAAGAGUUCUUCCGGGAGGAUUUUGUCCGCAUGGCCUGUGGUGCGGUCAUCAUGGCAACCGAUGAGGCGAGGAAAAGAUCGGAGGCUUUACGACGCGUGGAUGCAGUGCCGGACGAGGUAGUGGCCUCAUAUGUGCAAUCGUGGCGCAAAAUGGGUUACUUGAUGUGA